CUCUUUAACCUAAGUGCCUGGGUCAGUUUAGAUAAUGUUGGGGUAAUUAUAGAAUUUGUUAGUUAUCAGGUUUGCUCACAUUGUAUAAGUAUAUAUUUUAUGCAAAUAAUUCCAAGCUGUAUUAAAUAAUGAUAACUUAAGUGGUCAUAUAACAUAAGAUUUCUACAAAAAAUGGAUUUGUUUUCUUGAAUCUCUUAUUUUUGAAUUUUAUCUACUAAUCUGUUGUUAAAAUUCUUUAAAUCACUUUAGACAUUUUGGAUUUAAUACGAAUUUAGCAGUUCUUGGUUAUGAAUUUGAAAUUCGAGCAAUUGCAUAAUAAACUCCAAUUUUUCUAUUUACCGGCUCAUAAAUAUCAAAACUGCUGGUUAUUGAGAAAAAGGAGUAAUACGAUAUUUAAACAUUAUAUAGACAGUAUUACAUAUGAAUAACAAUCAAAAUGGCAACACCAACCAAUGGUAAUGGUAACCUUGUUGAUGAAUUUGAAGAAGCAUUUCAGCAAUGUUUAAGUAUAUUAACAAGGGACGAAGGUUCAAGCAAUAGCGGAAUGGGUGUAAGCAGUGGUUUAACGAUAGAUAAAGAAGAAGCUCGUUGCGAAGUAGAUCAAGUCACUUUAAGGUUUACAGAUUUGGCUAGACAAAUGGAAGCUUUCUUUCUACAAAAAAGAUUUUUACUAUCAGCGUUAAAACCAGAAUUGGUAGUAAAAGAGGACAUAUCUGAUUUAAGGCUGGAAUUAGCACGCAAAGAAGAUUUGAUUAAGAGACAUUAUGAUAAAAUUGCAGUUUGGCAAAAUUUGUUAUCAGAUUUGCAAGGAUGGGCUAAAUCUCCUGCACAAGGACCUGCACCUAAUGGACUACCAAAUGGAUCUCAAGGUGGUCAAACACAACAAGCCGGUAAUGGUAGUGGUGGAUCUACUAUGCAGCAACAACAGCAGUUAUUACAACAUCAACAACAAUUACAACAGCAACAACAACAACAGCAAUUACAUCUACAGCAACAUCAAAUGCAACAACAGCAACUUCACCAACAACAGGUGCAACAAGGUACAGGUCCUCCACCAACAUCGGGUCUUCAAGGAGUCAGUGUCUCAGUCGGGCAACAAGGCAUGUUUAUGGCUCAGGGUGGAGUAGGAGUAACCGGUGGUAGACCUACUGGUUUUCCAGUUGGUGGUGUUGGAAGUAGUGCACUUCAAGGCCCAUUGGCUUUCCUAGAAAAGACAACGAGCAACAUAGGGAUGCCUGAAAGGCGGAGUUGACGCGGAAGGGGGAGGGGCCGGGGUCGGAGUCGAGGAAGAGGUCGAGGAAGAGGACGAGGUGGAGGAGGAAGUUUACCACCACCGCCGUCUCUUCUCGAUCCAUCGGACCCCUCAUCCUAUGCUGCUGCUGCCGUAGUCGCAGCUGUUACGGCAGCGCCCCUUCCCUCACAACAGCAGCAACCUCCGCCGUCAUGUACAUGAGGAUAUUUUUAGCAAUUAAUUUUCAUCUAAAAGUUGCAUUACAUCUUCCUCUUCAUAUCUUGUAUUAUUUAGAAUUUCAUAAUGAUUAAAGCGAUUUUUAUAUAUUAAUAUAAAAAUCCUUUAACAAUUGCAGCUUGUGGUACGGGUCUAGAAUAUUGUGUGUUGAAGUUACUUAUGUACAGAUUUAUAGAAUUAAUAAUUUAUAAAUAUCAGGGUAUCAGCGAAGAAGCAACAUAUUUUAACAAUACUAGUUUUAUUGCUUUAUUAUGAAUUAAAAUUAUCAACAUACAAAGAUUAUUACAUAGAAUUCUAUGUUUUUGUUUUGUAUUAAUUAUAAAGUUUACAAUGGUUUAUUAAUCAUAUCAGUUUAUAUUGAUCUUUUUUAAAAGAUAACAAAUUAAAGAAAAUUCAACAUGAUGUUAUUGUAAAACAAUAAAUCGCGAAGAGUUUCUAAUUGCGUAUAAAAUUGACAAGUAUUGUACAUAACAAAAGUUAUACCAUAGAAAUGCGAUGAUAUAUAUGAGUUGAUAUCUCAGUUCAUUUUCUUUAAUUUAUAAUUACUAUUAGCUAAUAAAAGAAUCUUUAGAUAUUGAGAAUGUGAGAAGUUGUAUGUAUUUUCGUAUGUAUGUAUGCAUGCAUGUAUGUAUGUAUGUACGUAUGUAUGUAUGUAUGUAUGUUGUACGUAACGAAAAUAGUAAACACAUUUAUUUGUAAUCACUAUAUAUUGUACGUAUAAUUCUAUUGGUUAUGUUAUUAUGAACAAAUAACUAUUGUUUUAUUAUGCACACGACUAUAUUACAUUGUCUUAUUGAUUUCUUACAAAUUCCAUUAUUUGGUUAAAGGAUGUACUAAAAAUAAUAUAUGAUAUUUAUUAUAGAAUUUGUUUGUUAUGAUUUCUACAAAAUAAUGCUAUUUCAAAUAAAAGACAAAUUAAACACGCAAUGAUGUCGACAUUUUAUAAUUGUACUGUAAAUGCAUUCAUCUUGUAAAAUGAUAUAAAUACAACUUUCAUACGUAUUCAAUCAUUAACA